AUUGUUGGGCAACAGUCUAUCUCAUCGAAACGGUCUUAACCGAAACUCCCUACGCGCCGAACGGCUUCUAAACUUUUCCAAACGUUUUGACAUUUUGUCACAUUCAGUCGAGAGGAAGUGGAUUUCACUUGUCGACAGGCGAGCGCAACUGACGGAAGCCUUUAAGUACCAGACAAUAUGACUAGCAUCAACACACCUAACAUCAACUUCAAAUGGGACCCAAAGAGCCUGGAGAUUCGUACUCUGGCAGUGGAGAGGCUACUGGAGCCCCUUGUUACCCAGGUCACCACUUUGGUCAACUCAAGCAACAAAGGCCCCUCUAACAAGAAGAAGGGGCGCUCUAAGAAGGCUCAUGUUCUGGCUGCGUCAGUCGAGUCUGCUACCCAGAACUUCCUAGAAAAGGGAGAAAAGAUCGCAAAGGAAAGUCAAUUCCUUAAGGAUGAACUCACUGCUGCAGUGGAGGAUGUCCGCAAGCAAGGUGAAUCAAUGCGACAGGCCUCUGGGGAAUUUGCAGAAGAUCCCUGCUCUUCUGUGAAGAGGGGCAAUAUGGUCCGCGCUGCCCGGGCCCUUCUUUCCGCUGUCACACAUCUGUUGGUUCUGGCAGACAUGUCGGAUGUCUAUAAACUCCUGGUGCAACUCAAACUGGUGGAGGACAAUCUGUUGAAAGUGCGGAACGCAGGAACAGAGCAGGAGCUGGGGAUCCAGUAUAAGGCCUUGAAACCAGAGGUGGACAAGUUGAACAUGAUGGCUGCCAAGAGACAGCAGGAGCUAAAGGACGUCCAUCACAAGGACCAAAUGGCUGCAGCACGGGGGGUGCUGCAAAGGAAUGUCCCUAUGCUGUACACGGCAUCCUGCGCCUGCCUGCAGCAUCCUGACGUGGCAGCCUACAAGGCCAACCGUGACCUGAUCUACAAGCAGCUGCAGCAGGCCGUUUCUGGAAUCUCCAAUGCUGCCCAGGCAACUUCCACAGAAGACUCAGCCCUGGCCCAGCCUGGAGGGGCCGGAGAGCUCGCUUAUGCUCUCAACAAUUUUGAUAAACAAAUCAUUUUGGAUCCUGUGGGCUUCAGCGAGGAACGCUUUCGUCCUUCGCUGGAGGAGCGCCUUGAGAGCAUUAUCAGUGGAGCUGCUCUCAUGGCUGACUCUUCAUGCACACGUGAUGACCGCAGGGAGCGCAUUGUGGCUGAAUGCAAUUCUGUGCGCCAGGCUCUGCAGGACCUCCUGUCUGAGUACAUGGGGAAUGCAGGAAGAAAAGACAAGAGCGAUGCUCUGAACACAGCCAUCGACAGGAUGACAAAGAAGACCAGAGAUCUUCGCCGACAGCUGCGUAAAGCCGUGAUGGACCACGUCUCUGACUCUUUCCUGGAGACUAAUGUUCCCCUUCUUGUCCUGAUUGAAGCUGCCAAGAAUGGCAACGAGAAGGAAGUAAAGGAAUAUGCUCAAGUGUUUCGUGAGCAUGCCAACAAGUUAAUUGAGGUGGCCAACCUGGCAUGCUCCAUUUCCAACAAUGAAGAGGGAGUGAAGCUGGUCCGCAUGGCAGCCUCUCAACUGGAAGCUCUGUGCCCCCAGGUGAUUAAUGCAGCACUAGCCCUUGCUGCCAAGCCCAACAGUAAGGUGGCCCAGGACAAUAUGGACGUGUUCAAGGAUCAGUGGGAAAAGCAAGUUCGUGUCCUCACAGACGCUGUUGAUGACAUAACAUCGAUUGACGACUUCCUGUCUGUGUCUGAGAACCACAUCCUGGAGGACGUGAACAAGUGUGUCAUUGCCCUUCAAGAGAAGGAUGUUGAUGGUUUGGAUCGCACAGCUGGGGCUAUUCGAGGCCGGGCUGCCAGGGUUGUCCAUGUUGUCACCUCUGAAAUGGACAACUAUGAACCCGGAGUCUACACAGAAAAGGUUCUGGAGGCUACCAAGCUGCUCACUGACUCAGUCAUGCCACGCUUCACAGAACAAGUAGAGUCUGCAGUGGAGGCCUUGAGUGCAGGUUCACAACCUGUAGAUGAGAAUGAGUUCAUUGAUGCAUCACGUCUGGUUUAUGACGGCAUCCGCGACAUACGCAAGGCUGUUCUUAUGAUCAGAACUCCAGAAGAGCUGGAUGACUCUGACUUUGAAACCGAAGAUUUCGAUUCCCGCAGCAAGACCAGUGUGCAGACGGAGGACGACCAGCUCAUUGCCGGCCAGAGUGCACGUGCCAUCAUGGCUCAGUUGCCUCAGGAGCAGAAGGCAAAGAUUGCAGAGCAGGUGGCUAGCUUCCAGGAGGAGAAGAGCAAGCUGGAUGCUGAGGUGUCCAAAUGGGAUGACAGCGGCAAUGACAUCAUUGUGCUGGCUAAGCAGAUGUGCAUGAUCAUGAUGGAGAUGACAGACUUCACCAGGGGGAAGGGGCCACUGAAAAAUACAUCUGAUGUCAUCAAAGCUGCCAAGAAAAUUGCAGAAGCGGGAACCAAAAUGGACAAACUGGGACGCAGCAUCGCUGACCUUUGUCCCGACUCUUCCUGCAAGCAGGACCUGCUCGCCUACCUGCAGCGCAUCGCCUUGUACUGCCAUCAGCUCAACAUCUGCAGUAAAGUCAAAGCUGAAGUUCAGAACCUGGGAGGGGAGCUGGUUGUCUCUGGGUUGGACAGCGCCAUGUCCCUGAUUCAGGCAGCUAAGAACCUGAUGAACGCCGUGGUGUCCACUGUCAAGGCCUCCUACGUCGCCUCUACGAAGUACCAAAAGAACAAAAACAUGGAGGCACUCAACAUGCCCGCGGUCUCCUGGAGAAUGAAAGCUCCCGAGAAGAAGCCGCUGGUGAAGCGAGAGAAACAGGACGACGGGCAGACCAACAAAGUCAAGAGAUCUUCGCAGAAGAAGCAUGUCAGCCCUGUGCAGGCUUUGAGCGAGUUCAAAGCCAUGGAUAGCAUCUAGAAAACCCCCAGGAGGAGAGCAUCAGUAUGUAGCCCAAAAGUAUAGCAUAGAUUGAGCCUUUUACUGAGUCAAAUCAAAGAGCUGUCAUUUGUUCGUCAGCUUCUUCGUUUGGGCCGUUGUAUUCCUCCACUGACUCAUUCCUAACUUUCAGAUUUGCUUUAAUCUGCAGCAUUAACCGUCUCUUCUGUAGAAAGUGCAGUCAGAAGGGAAACCAACUGGAUAGGACUUCUUUUUUUUUCAUUUAUAUGAGAAGAAAAUGUGGAUACAGAAAGUAAUUCCAAUUUGUUUUGUUGUUUUUCAUGAAUUACAUUUUUUUGAACACGUUUAAGUAAAACUCUGGGGCUGUAAGGUUUUCCCAUUAUGUUUUUGACAGACUGCAAAUAUCAGCUAUGCAAAAUUAGCUUCUCCUUUUUUGUGUGUGUCUUAAGCAGUAGCUGUUAAUCUUAAUAGUGAGAUAUUCAGUUGUUCGUCUUCCAUAAAAAGCCAGCUUCAGGCCAUUUCUAUAUGUGCUUGCGUUUAUAAAUCCUAAAAUUAUGUUCAGAAGCCACUAAACGCCUAAUAACUUUAAACUUAUCAGAUUUGUGUCAUUGCUUUAACAUUUGAACAGUUAAAUUUUGUUUCUUUAUAAAACCCUCAUCUCAAAUCCUGAUCAUUGUCAGCUGUUCUUUGUUUUAUUUUAUGACUUCAUGUAUUCAAACUGACACCACUGCUAAUCACUUUAGUGCUUUUUUCUUUUUUUAAAGCUUCUCAAACUCCAGAGAGUUUGGAAGAGCUCAGAGGGCUGCAGGAUGAGCGGAGUGUGCGUCAGUACUUUGCAAAGCCAAUGAGCUUCAUUUACUAGUGAGACCAAACAUCUCCACGUUCUGAAUGGGUUCAAUUCAACGGGAUCAAUAUUUUCUACCUGCUGUGUAGAGUUUGCCUUUAAACUUCUUGAGCUUGAACACUAAAAUUUUAUAUCAGAAUCUUUAUAAAACCAUAAAUCCUUUUUUUCCCAGAUGAUGGAGCUUUAAAACGAAAUGUCUUUUUUUAUUUGUAAUGUGUUUUUUUUUUUUUCUAACUAAAACCAGUGGGGUGGAGCUGUAAGGUGCGGAGGGGUCGUGCAGGUUUCUGCUUUUGAGCAGGUCGUUGGUCCACAGCAGCGCUUUGAGAUUCUGCUGCUCUUGUCUUUGAGACCUUUGCUUUGUUGAAAACAUCAUGUCCAGUCAGAGGGACAUGUGAAGUUAUUGGACGAGGUUUUCUUUUUAAGGGUGGACUCCGAAACAGAAAAUGUCAGUGGAUUGUUUCCCCAUCUUUUGCUCUAUUGUUUGGUUUGAGUCUUGAGUUGAAAUACUUUGCUGUGGAUUUUAUUAUUAUUGAGAGCUGACUUAUUAGUGCAUACAUUUCUUAUAUUAAUGUGCCUGAUUUCUAUCUUAAAUAAACAAAGUCAAUCCAUU